UUUAACCGCUGCUCACUGAAAACAAACGUAUUUUAGAAAAGCUCACACAGAUACAUAAUUUUUAUUGAAAAAAGUAUUUUUUUCUACACUGCUAAUACUUUUACGAAAAAAAAAUUACAGAAUGCCAAUAAAAAAAAGAGACGAUUACAUACCAGUUAAAUGUGAAGGAUGGAAUGGGAAGUUUACACAUGUACCUGGAGCAACCGUUGACAUUUCAAUGGGCGCUAAAAUCCGACGCCAUAAUCAUGCUAUAACUGAUCCGCGAAAUUUUUUUCCUUUUCAAACAAAAGUAAACAAAUUGCCAGUAAAAUUAUCUGGAAUCACUCCUGAGGAUGUUCCUGCUCGUGAGCCAAUAAUAAUGCCACCUCUACAGUGGGAAACUGAAUCACAAGUUGAUCCAAAUGAAAUGAAAAAUAUUCUGAACAAUAAUAACUGAUCAAGAUUACUUUGAUUAUGGCUAAUCAAAUCCGGGUUAAAUUUAAGAUAAUAUAAAAUUUCAUAAUGAUAAUACAAUAUUGUAUACAUAUAAAUAUGAUUAUAAAUUAGUUCACAACUUAAACCGUUUUCAAAUAUAUGUGUAUGUUGUGUAUGUAAUCCCAUAUAAUAUUUAAUAGAUUGCAAUUAUUUUUAAUCAGGAAAUUUUGCACCCAUAUUUAUGAUUAUAAAGGAAAUAUAAACAAUA